AAGCUAUAUAUGCUGAAAGAUUACUUUUGUGAUUUAUUUCUGAAGAAAACAACAGAUUUUAUUUGAAUAUUAUUUUUUUUUAGACAUUUAAUUGUUCCAGCGAACAAUCAAUUUGGAAAUAGAAGAACAUAACAAUAUAUCACAUAUUAUUCCAUUCUUAUUUUCUAAGCAAUUAAGUUCAACAAAGUUUUCAUUGCAAGACAAGGAACUCAUCUAUCAUUCAAUAAUAUAUAAAUGCUAA